UAUAUUCAAAUGAAAGAUCACAAAGAAAAUACUCCGUAUUUGAUACCAGUACUUAAAAGUAUUUGAACCAAAUACCAUGCAAAAACUUAACUUUGGUCUUCUACUCUGUAUGAACACUAACUCUAUCAGAUUUGUAACAAAGAUGAAGAAGAUGAAUGGAUCUACAUAUAAUCCGGACAUUGCAGGCCGGGCAGAUCUCCACCAUGGAAAGAUAUUAUUGCAUUACCAUUGGAGACCGAUAGAGAAUGAGAGAAAUUAAACCACAUCAUUUUACACCUUUCCUAUGUAUCCGGUGAUCUCGCCGAUCGGAAAUAUAUCAGGCGCGGUUGUUUUCGAAGGAGGCGGGGACGGCGGUGAUACUGGCGGCGGAGAUGUUAUUGGGGUCAGGAACACCGAGAGAAGGGUUGUUGCCUUCGGACACCGCCACCGCAGCCGAAUCCGAUUCUUCCUCCUCCUCUUCCUCGUCGUCGUCGGUGUCGUAGGUCGUGAGGUUGACGCACGAGAAACGCUCCAGCGACGAGAAGAAGGCCGCCGCCACGCUGGAUCCGAACCACCGCGCCAGGCCGUCCAGCUUAUCGUAGGUCACCACGCUCGUAUUCUCCAUAGCUCAGAUCCCUGAACAGAAUUCCCGAAUUUCUCGCUCGAACGGAAAAGCUUCACGAGGGUUCCCAGAGAGAAAUUGCCAAAUUGGUCAGCGGGGCGGCCGGGGCCAGUGGAUGGAUAAGGAUAGAGAGACCAAACCAAUGGCAACCAGAGAUUGACACACAGAAACAAAAGAAUGGCAUUCCUUUCUUCUUCUUCUCAGUCUCUUCUUCUCCAUUACCCAAAGAAACAUUCUCUCUGUAAAUCUCUGCAAGUCCGGCCGCCGUCACCAAUCAGAUGCUCAGCCAAGGAAAAUGUAUGUGAAUUGAAGGAAUUAAGGAAUGUAGCUUGUGGUUUUCUUGCUGCUUGGGCAGUCACUGCUUCCCCUGUUAUAGCUGCUAACCAGAGGUUACCACCUUUAUCAGUGGAGCCAAACAGGUGCGAGCGAGCAUUUGUUGGUAACACGAUAGGUCAAGCCAAUGGUGUUUAUGACAAACCGCUUGAUCUCCGUUUUUGCGAUUACACGAAUGAGAAAACCAAGCUCAAGGGGAAGUCUCUUUCAGCAGCUCUUAUGUCAGAAGCCAAGUUUGAUGGUGCAGACAUGUCUGAAGUUGUAAUGUCAAAGGCUUAUGCAGUUGGAGCUAGUUUUAAAGGUACUAACUUUGCAAAUGCUGUUCUUGAUCGGGUUGAUUUUGGGAAGGCCGACCUCCGAGGAGCUUCUUUUAAGAACACUGUUCUGUCGGGAUCUACGUUUAUUGAUGCUAAACUUGAAGGUGCGGUCUUUGAGGACACCAUUAUUGGCUACGUCGACCUUCAGAAGCUCUGCACAAACAAGACCAUCAACGAAGAAGGACGAGCUAACUUAGGAUGUCGGUAGCAUCUUGUCAUGACCUUAAAUGGCUUGUUGUAAAAACAUAUGCUUUUGUUUUGUUGACACAACUAAAAGAUAGCAUUGAGAUUCAUAACUAUGUAGAGGGACCAUGGUUGUUGGUGAGGUCAAAGGAGAUCGAUGAGAUCCAACUAUGGCUCUCUCAUUGUUAGAUGUCGAAGAUAUCAACAAAAAACAAUCCUCCCAAAAACAAAUUUCCUCGCAUUGUUCUAAAGUAACCAUAUCUACCAUACAUAGAGACACUGUUCCAUAGAUUGAGCUUGUAAUCUCUCAUUUGAAAGAGUAAUUUUGAUGUCGCUAGACUAAAAAGUCUUUGACAUU